CAAAUUGAAUACAAGAAGUGCCUACUUGGUUGUGUUACAGGAAAUGAACUCAAGAAGAUACUGAGAGGAAAAAGGAACUGGAGGUAAGGUCAGAAAACUUGAAAAAAGUCACAGUUGCUGAGAAUUUUCUCUGGUUACAGCAUUUGGUACUAUAUCCAUAGAGAUAGUUUUAUAAAGAUACAGAUAGACUAGAAGACAUGGCCAUCAAAGAGGAUGUAGAGAGUAGCGUGCAGGAACAGAUAAGAAAGCCGCUUAUGCAGGGCGAGAAGAAUCUAGCUGAUGGAGAAGAUGGAUCAUCUCAGAAAAGCAGCCAAGGGCAUCACUGGAUGAUCUACUUCAGCACAUUUGUUGCAGUUUGUGGUUCAUAUGAAUUUGGAGCCUGUGCGGGUUAUUCCUCACCUACUCAGAGUGCUAUAAGGCAAGAUCUCAGUCUGUCUUUAGCUGAGUAUUCAGUCUUUGGCUCCAUAUUGACCAUUGGGGCAAUGGUCGGUGCAAUAACAAGCGGGCCCAUUGCUGAUUUUGUUGGUCGAAAAGGGGCGAUGAGAGUAUCUGCUGCUGUCUGCACUGCAGGGUGGCUUGCUAUAUACUUUGCUGAGGGGGCUUUAGCAUUGGACAUUGGCAGGCUGGCUACAGGAUAUGGAAUGGGACUCUUUUCCUAUGUGGUACCCGUUUUCAUAGCUGAAAUUGCACCCAAGGAUCUUCGAGGUGCACUGACAACUAUAAAUCAGUUCAUGAUCUGUGCUGGAGUGUCUGUUGCCUUCAUUAUUGGGACGAUACUAACAUGGAGGGCUUUAGCAUUAACAGGUCUCAUUCCCAUCGCUAUUCUACUUUUGGGUCUCUUUCUUAUUCCAGAGUCUCCCAGAUGGUUGGCAAAGACAGGGCAAGAAAAAGAGUUUGAAGCUGCACUUCAGAAACUUCGUGGCAAGGAUGUUGAUAUAUCUCAGGAGGCAGCUGAAAUUCAGGAUUAUAUUGCAACUCUCGAACUACUCCCAAAACCCACAUUUCUGGAAUUGUUUCAAAGAAGAUACUCACGCUCAGUGAUUAUAGGAGUUGGGUUGAUGGUAUGUCAACAAUUUGGAGGAAUCAAUGGAAUCUGCUUUUACACUGGAGAAAUUUUUGAGUCAGCAGGCUUUUCUUCAAGCGUUGGAACUAUAACCUAUGCAUGUCUACAGGUUGUGGUUACUGGUCUUGGAGCAGCUUUCAUAGAUAGAGCUGGAAGGAAACCCCUCUUAUUGGUUUCUGCUUCAGGGCUGGUCCUUGGCUGCAUGCUAGCAGCAAUUGCAUUCUAUAUGAAGGCUCAUGAGUUGGCGCUACAGGCAGUCCCAAUACUCGCUGUAACUGGCAUACUGCUGUACAUAGGAUCCUUUUCUGCAGGAAUGGGUGCAGUUCCUUGGGUUGUGAUGUCAGAGAUUUUUCCUAUCAAUAUUAAAGGGAGGGGUGGAAGCCUUGCUACCCUAGUCAACUGGUUUGGAGCAUGGCUAUGUUCCUACACUUUCAACUUUCUCAUGAGCUGGAGCUCCUAUGGUACCUUUAUUCUUUAUGGCGCAAUCAAUGCACUGGCUAUAGUGUUUGUGGUCACAGUGGUACCUGAGACAAAGGGCAGAACUCUGGAACAGAUCCAAGCAGCCAUUAACGCAGCUUAAACAAGUGGCGUGGGUGGAAAUGUUCAAGGAUUUUGGCUUUUUGCCCUUGAAUUUAGGUAUUUUUACGGCCUUUUUUUAGCCAUAUUGGAGUAGUCGGGAUCAAGUGAAAGAAUAUAUCGAUUCUUCUACACUAAAAUGGAAAGAAAAAAAAAAACCGAAUAUGAAAUAUGAAGUCACAUCACCUACUAUCUUAUUA